CGAUAGUAAUUCUCAUAAUCUACUUCAAGCAUUCUAUCGGACACUUUGUCAACUCAGUCUCACGUUUUCAUUGGUAACCCAGCAAGGCAACAACCAUGUCGCUCAUCCCAAGCUGGUUCGGCGGCCGUCGCAGCAACGUUUUCGACCCUUUCUCCCUCGACCCCUGGGACCCCUUCAAGGACUUCCCUUUCCCUUCCUCAUCCCUCUCUGCCUCUAAUUUCCCUCGAACGUUCCGGGAGAACGCCGCCUUCGUGAACACGAGGAUCGACUGGAAGGAGACCCCGGAAGCCCAUGUGUUCAAGACGGAUCUCCCCGGGCUCAAGAAGGAGGAAGUCAAGGUGGAGAUUGAAGACGAUCGGGUGCUCCAGAUAAGUGGCAAGAGGAACGUAGAGAAGGAGGACAAGAACGACACGUGGCACCGGGUGGAGAGGAGCAGCGGCAAGUUCAUGAGGAGGUUCAGGCUGCCGGAGAACACGAGGAUGGAUCAGGUGAAGGCAUCGAUGGAGAACGGGGUGCUCACCGUGACUGUUCCCAAGGUGGAGGAGAAGAAGCCUGAGGUCAAGGCCAUUGAGAUCUCCGGUUGAGAGUUGGUGAAUCCAUGGUCCUUGUUGCGACUUAUGUCCAUAGAUAGAGCAAAUAUGCUGUCUUAUGUGUGGGUUUCGUGUGUCCUCAGCUGGGAGGCUCGGUUCCCUGGUGUCUGAUAUGGCGAUGUAUUGCCUCACUACGACUCUUUACUUGUAUUGAAAUUGGAGAUUACCAUUUCCUAACUUCUAUUUGAUGUUAUCUUGGUUCCUCAAA